UCAGGCCUCUGCGCCCUUGAGCUGGGACUGGAUGAGCCGAGCGGGAGGCGGGGCGCGCGUCAUCAGCUCCCCCCACCAUCCAGUUCCUAUAAAUACGGACUGCAGCCCUCCCUGGUGCUCUCUGCUCCUCCCUGUUCCAGAGACAGCCGCAUCUUCUUGUGCAGUGCCAGCCUCGUCUCAUAGACAAGAUGGUGAAGGUCGGUGUGAACGGAUUUGGCCGUAUUGGGCGCCUGGUUACCAGGGCUGCCUUCUCUUGUGACAAAGUGGACAUUGUUGCCAUCAACGACCCCUUCAUUGACCUCAACUACAUGGUCUACAUGUUCCAGUAUGACUCUACCCACGGCAAGUUCAAGGGCACAGUGAAGGCUGAGAAUGGGAAGCUUGUCAUCAACGGGAAGGCCAUCACCAUCUUCCAGGAGUACGUAUGGAAACAUGCACAGGGCACUUUGAGGAGAUGGUAAGGGGCGGCAUUAACUCUGUCCUGUUCCCCGCCUGUAGGCGAGAUCCCGCUAACAUCAAAUGGGGUGACGCUGGUGCUGAGUAUGUCGUGGAGUCUACUGGCGUCUUCACCACCAUGGAGAAGGCUGGGGUAAGUGGCCAGGAAGCUGGAGGUAAGGGGAGCCCUUUAUGGGUGCAACCUCCAAACUGAAGAGCUGAGUCUGAAAUCAACUUCUCCUGCACAGGCUCACCUGAAGGGUGGGGCCAAAAGGGUCAUCAUCUCCGCCCCUUCCGCUGAUGCCCCCAUGUUUGUGAUGGGUGUGAACCACGAGAAAUAUGACAAC